GUUUCCGCUGCUGUGCCGUGAGAGCUGCAGUGCGCGCGGUUCACCGACGACAUGUUGUGUCAUUCCCGCUGUCUGAGCCGGAGCCUCGGCCGCUCGAUCACCGCCCUGAGACAGGGUAACAGUGUUCUCGCAAGACGGGCUACAUCAGGUAUAGCAGCUAGUCAGUGUGUCAGCUUCCAGAACAGCCCGAGGUGUGAGACCCGCUCUAGUGUCUAUCAGAUCAGAUACUUCAAGACCACAGCUGCUCACAGGAAUGAAGUCAUUACAGUAAAAACCCCAGCGUUUGCGGAGUCUGUCACAGAGGGAGAUGUCAGGUGGGAGAAAGCUGUUGGAGACUCAGUCGCUGAGGAUGAGGUCGUCUGUGAAAUCGAGACCGAUAAGACGUCAGUGCAGGUCCCCUCUCCGGCUGCAGGAGUGAUCGAGGAGCUGCUCGUUCCUGAUGGAGGAAAAGUGGAAGGAGGAACUCCUCUGUUCAAGCUCAAGAAAGGAGCUGGAGCGGUGAAGACGGCAGCAGCGGCGGCGGCUCCUCCUCCAGCAGCAGAGACCCCUGCUCCUGCAGCCCCUGCCCCUGCUGCUGCCCCUGCGGGUGGACCCAUACCCUCCAGCAUGCCUCCUGUGCCCGCUGUGCCAGCCCAGCCCAUCCAGGCCAAACCAGUUUCAGCCAUCAAACCCACUGCUGCUGCUCCUGCUGCUGCUGCUGCAGACACUGGAGCUAAAGCUCCCCGAUCAGAGCACAGGGUGAAGAUGAACCGCAUGCGACUGCGAAUCGCUCAGCGGCUGAAGGAAGCGCAGAACACCUGUGCCAUGCUGACCACCUUCAAUGAAGUCGAUAUGAGCAACAUCACAGAGAUGAGGACACAUUAUAAAGAUGCUUUCCUGAAGAAACACGGCAUCAAGCUGGGCUUCAUGUCUGCCUUCGUCAAAGCUGCAGCCUACGCUCUAACAGACCAGCCUGCCGUUAAUGCUGUCAUUGAUGACACAACCAAAGAGAUCGUGUAUCGGGAUUAUGUGGACAUCAGUGUGGCGGUGGCGACACCAAAGGGUCUGGUGGUGCCGGUGAUCAGAGGUGUGGAGGGAAUGAACUUUGCAGACAUCGAGAAGACCAUUAAUGAGCUGGGAGAGAAGGCCCGUAAGAAUGAGCUGGCUGUGGAGGAUAUGGAUGGAGGCACGUUUACCAUCAGCAAUGGAGGAGUUUUCGGCUCCAUGUUCGGAACUCCAAUCAUCAACCCGCCACAGUCUGCCAUCCUGGGCAUGCAUGGCAUCUUCGACCGGCCUGUGGCCAUCGCUGGCAAGGUGGAGGUGCGGCCGAUGAUGUACGUGGCUCUGACCUACGACCACCGCUUGAUUGACGGCAGAGAGGCGGUCACUUUCCUCAGGAAGAUCAAGUCUGUGGUGGAGGACCCGCGGGUGCUGCUGCUGGACAUGUAAUGCGGCUCCACCAAUCGCAGCGCAGAUACACUAGAGGAACACACACGUCACCCGUAGAGUAAAUCAGCGGCGGAGUGGAGUGAGGUUUGCAUUGAUUAGCUUCAUGUUGUUUUACCGUGUCAAUGUCUGCUGGGUUUGCGGAAGAUUCUGGAGUUUGUGUGGCCCUCGCGGGAAGCCGUCUCGCGCUGUCCUGUUCUCGUAUGCGCACAGAAAACAUGACCCGUGCAAUUUGUUUCUUAAUGAAAUGAGCGUAAUAUACCAUAAAUGAUAUUUAAUCUCUUCUGUGUCAAAGAAAACAAAGUAAACAAGGUUAUUUGAUCCGCUCGGCAGAAACACUAUGUUCUUUUGUACACCUCGACGUGUCUCGCACAACUCCAGGCCAUCCCAUUCUGUCUGCCCUUGUAAAGAACCAAAAAAUAUAUGAGAUUUUAAACAAUAAAAUCAAAGAAAUGCUCA